CGCCAGUGCGAGCGCGGGGCCGGGCGCGCAGGAGUAAAAAGGAGGCGGCGGCCGCGUCUACGAGCAACAGAUCUGGGCGCCGCGAGCCGACCUCGUCCGCUGCUGGGAAUCUCGUUCUCUCCUUCCAUUAUUUUUGAGUUUCAGAAAGAAAUUAUAUUUGGGGUGGUAAAAAAUCUUUCGAAAAUCUUUAUUUUUUUUUUCCCUCCCCUUUCCUUAAAUGGCGCUGGCCCUGGGUCAGCGGGCGGUUUUCUCUGCACCAAGAUGGGCUUUGCCAUUUCCGUCGUGGGCACCCGUGGUGGUUUGAUUGUCAGUCUUCUCCGGGCAUCUUUGAGGCCAGGAGCCGUGCGCUGCACGUAGGCGACUCGCCCUCCGGAGCGGCUGGGCGUUUCGGAUUGUGACUUGGGGGCGCAGAGCGCGGUGGAUUGCGAGCACCGCGUGCUCUCUGCAAAACCGGCGGCGGGUCGCUCCCAGGUAAAGCCGCUCCCGGGCUGAGGGAGCCCGGCCCCGUGCGCAGUGCAGCCGCCCGGAGAGCCUGCCCUGUCCCCGCCGAGCCGGGAAAAUGGAGGCUGUGAUCGAGAAGGAAUGCAGCGCGCUCGGAGGCCUCUUCCAGACCAUCAUCAGCGACAUGAAGGGGAGCUAUCCAGUUUGGGAAGAUUUCAUAAACAAAGCCGGAAAGCUGCAGUCCCAGCUGCGGACAACAGUAGUAGCAGCAGCUGCCUUCUUGGACGCCUUUCAGAAAGUGGCUGACAUGGCCACCAACACACGUGGUGGAACCCGGGAGAUUGGCUCAGCACUCACCCGAAUGUGCAUGCGGCACAGAAGCAUCGAGGCCAAGCUGAGGCAGUUCUCCAGUGCUUUGAUUGAUUGCCUGAUAAACCCACUGCAAGAGCAGAUGGAAGAGUGGAAGAAAGUGGCCAACCAGCUGGACAAAGACCAUGCGAAAGAAUAUAAGAAAGCUCGCCAAGAGAUAAAAAAGAAGUCCUCUGACACGUUGAAACUGCAGAAGAAGGCAAAAAAAGGGAGAGGCGACAUCCAGCCUCAAUUGGACAGCGCUCUCCAGGAUGUCAAUGAUAAAUAUCUCCUAUUGGAAGAAACAGAAAAGCAGGCCGUGCGCAAAGCGCUGAUUGAAGAGCGGGGCCGAUUCUGCACCUUCAUCUCUAUGCUCCGGCCAGUGAUUGAGGAAGAGAUCUCCAUGUUAGGGGAGAUCACCCACCUGCAGACCAUAUCGGAAGACCUAAAGAGCCUGACCAUGGACCCCCACAAACUGCCCUCCUCAAGUGAACAGGUGAUUCUGGACUUGAAAGGUUCUGAUUAUAGUUGGUCAUAUCAGACGCCACCCUCUUCCCCCAGCACUACCAUGUCCAGAAAGUCAAGCGUCUGCAGCAGCCUGAACAGUGUCAACAGCAGCGACUCCCGGUCCAGCGGCUCCCACUCGCAUUCCCCCAGCUCGCAUUACCGCUACCGCAGCUCCAACCUGGCCCAGCAGGCCCCUGUGAGGCUGAGCAGCGUGUCCUCCCACGACUCAGGAUUCAUAUCCCAGGACGCCUUCCAGUCCAAGUCACCCUCUCCCAUGCCACCUGAGGCUGCCAACCAGAACUCCUCCAGCUCGGCCUCCUCAGAAGCAUCGGAAACCUGCCAGUCAGUGAGCGAGUGCAGCUCCCCCACCUCAGUCAGCUCAGGCUCCACCAUGGGCGCCUGGGUGUCCACAGAGAAGUUGUCUAAUGGGUUUUCUCACUAUAGUUUAUCAAGUGAGUCCCAUGCAGGGCCCGUGGGUGCAGGCCCCUUCCCUCAUUGCCUGCCUGCCUCCCGCCUGCUCCCUCGGGUCACCUCUGUCCACCUUCCUGACUACGCUCAUUAUUACACCAUUGGGCCCGGCAUGUUCCCGUCAUCUCAGAUCCCUAGCUGGAAGGACUGGGCAAAGCCAGGACCCUAUGACCAGCCAAUGGUGAACACCCUCCAGCGCCGCAAAGAGAAGCGCGAGCCAGACUCCAAUGGGGGAGGAGCCACGACCACAGGAGGUCCACCUGCAGCUUCGGAAGAGGCGCAGAGGCCAAGGAGCAUGACUGUGUCAGCCGCCACCAGGCCUGGUGAGGAGAUGGAGGCCUGUGAGGAACUGGCACUUGCCCUGUCCCGGGGCCUUCAGCUGGACACACAGAGGAGCAGCCGAGACUCACUGCAGUGCUCCAGUGGCUACAGCACUCAGACCACUACCCCAUGCUGCUCUGAGGAUACCAUCCCCUCCCAAGGUACGCGGCGCCCAGCUUGCCGUCCGGCUUUCCGGGCGGCUCCAGUUUCAGAUUAUGAUUAUUUCUCUGUAAGCGGUGACCAGGAGGCAGAGCAGCAGGAGUUUGACAAGUCCUCCACCAUUCCAAGGAACAGUGACAUCAGCCAAUCUUACAGGCGGAUGUUCCAAGCUAAGCGUCCAGCCUCAACUGCUGGCCUUCCCACCACCCUCGGACCUGCUGUGGUCACACCAGGGGUUGCGACCAUCCGACGGACCCCUUCCACUAAGCCUUCUGUCCGCCGGGGGACCAUCGGAGCUGGUCCUAUUCCCAUCAAGACACCAGUGAUCCCUGUCAAGACCCCAACUGUCCCAGACCUCCCUGGGGUUUUGCCAUCCCCUCCAGAUGGGCCAGAGGAGCGGGGUGAGCACAGCCCUGAGUCUCCAUCUUUGGGGGAGGGACCCCAGGGUGUCACCAACAUACCCUCUUCCUUGUGGAGUGGCCAAGCGUCUGUCAACCCUCCACUUCCAGGCCCAAAGUCCAGUAUACUUGAGGAGCACAGACAGGCGAUUCCAGAGAGCGAGGCUGAAGACCAGGAAAGGGACCCCCCAAGUGCCACUGUCUCCCCAGGCCCGAUUCCGGAGAGUGACCCCGCAGACCUGAGCCCAAGAGAAACUCCUCAGGGAGAAGACAUGCUGAAUGCCAUCCGGAGGGGCGUGAAACUGAAGAAGACCACCACCAACGAUCGCUCAGCCCCUCGCUUCUCUUAGGCUCUCAUAGUUCCCAGGAAAUGCUGCCAAUGGGGAAUGAACUCUUUCAUUAAUAAAACCUAAUUUGUCUGA